AUGAAGAAGCCUACCUUUCCAAGGAGGUUAUACACAAGAGGGGCUGAACCGGAAGCCCAAAAGAGCAUCUCCUACGGCAGCAACGACAAAAAGCUAUUUGCUGCCGUGAAAAAACUACUGAGUGAUGCCGAGUGGGAAACACUAUGCGACUCGCGAGUUGGUGUCUUCUGCAAGUUUCACGACCUCGACUUCGAGUGGUCUUCGAAGUUGGUCCACACGAUGCUCUCAUAUCAGUUAGAGUGCAAGAAGAAGUAUGAGAUCUGGGUUGCGGUUGCGGAUAGCCCAAUUAGAUUUUCCCUCCAUGAGUUUGAGCAUCUCACCGGCCUCAACUGCGACUAUGUGGAAGAUAUUGAUGACCCCAAGUGCAAGGUUACUCUAGAGAUGAGAGCAUUCUGGGAGAAGCUCGGAGUAGAUGUUGAGCUUGGUCCGAGUCAAGUGGAGAUCAUUCGUGCAUGCGAAUGGGCAACAGACUGGCCGAGUGAGGACAAACUUAGGCUUGGUUACUUGGCCAUCUACACUGGCUUCAUUGCUGCUCGGAAAAACACCUCGCACACUCCUGUCAACCUGGCCAGAUUAGUGAUGGAUGAAGAGGAGUUUGAGAAUUAUCCGUGGGGGCGUGUAGCUUUCAAGAACCUGAUCGAAGCCGUCAAAGAAGCAGAGCUAUGGAAGUCCGGGUAUGUCCUGGAUGGGUUUGUUGAGGCUCUACAAGUAUGGGCAUAUCGUUUCAUGCCUGAAUUCGGAGCGGGUUGUGGUGCGCCCAUACGAAACGCUCCUGACAUUCCGCUCUUGUCCUACAAAGGAGUCCAGGGUCUAAGGAACAUUGAACUCACGAUACUGAAGCAGUGGGAUGAGGAUAAGGAAGACCCGCGUGUAGAUGAACUCAUCAACGCGCUGUAUGGAGACCUGGGCCGGUGGAGGUGGAAGCCGGCGGACUGGAAUCCUCAAGGUGUUCUGGUGAAGAAUCCUAUACCCCCGGAGUCUGCGAAGAGCUAA